AUGGACACGGCUGCCGACGCGCUUCCGCCACAGCUGGGACUGGCCGAACACAACCGCCCAGCAACGCCUGCAGCAGACACGGCCGGCGAUGGCGCUUUGGCUGCAGCGUCAACUCAACCAACAGCUGCAAGGCAGGCGGGAUUGGCACCUGCAGCAAGCACUGGAUCCACGGCGUCGGCGCCACCGACCCCGUCGGGAAUGAGCAAGACCAUGCAGGAGGUCACGCGCAUCAUUGAGGCUCAGCGGCAGCGAUGCGAGGCGUUGCAGGCCAGCGCAGCCACAGCAGCAACAGCAGCCGCGAGCAACACCAACAACAACAACAGCAGCAACUCAGACAAGAGUGCUGCGAUCGCCGCUAACUCUGUCGAUAGUGGCGCAAGUGGCAGCCACAGUGGCGUCAAGGGGCAAUGCGAGCAGCCCGAGGAGUGCGUACGACGCACAGCCGCGGCGCAGGCGGCGCUGCAACGACGGCUGGAAACACCUGGCGUUCAGAUGCCCGGACCGCCGAGCCUGAAUCCGGCUGCAUGUCGCGUGGAGCGGCGAUUCACUCUGCGCGCGCAGCAAUCACAAGUACCAGCGACGACGACGACGACGACGGCGACGACGACGACACAAUCACAGCCACAGCCGGCUGCGCAAGACGCCAGCAGCGAGCCUGCCACUUUCACUGGGACGCCCGAUGCACCUGGCCAACUACAGCGAUCCAGGUCUGCCGAGAAGACGCUCAUCCCGCUGCCCGAGCUAUCACAGCGCGUGCACGCAAUCUCGCCAUUCACGGGGAUGGUGUUUGUCGGUGAAAUCCGGAGCAAGCACGGGCCCUCUCGGAACGGCGCCGCCUCGCUCUCGGACGUGAUCUGCACGCCGCUCGAUGCUGCGUUGGACACCAAGGUCGAGUCGCUCCUGUUGGUGGUGCCGAUUCCGCAAUCGGCGGGUACCGGUGAGCCCGGCGCUCGUUUGCAGCCAAUGCUCGUCCGCCCGCACCAUUUGGUGCCGCUCGUCUCGCCCAACUCGAAGGGAGACUGGUACGACCGAUCGCCACGCCCUCCUGCUGCUUCCUCGCCCGCCGCCGCUGGCAGCAGCAGCAACAACAACAACAACAACAACAACAACACCAGCAGCACUCCAAGCGAACCAAGCGACUCCGCUGCAGCUGCUGCUGCUGCUGCAACCAGCACCACUGCCACGACGACCCCUGCAGCAGGCUCGGCCCUCGUCGGCCCUCCGCUUCCACUUCAAAUCACACUGCCGCUGGUCUUUGGACAGCAGGUUUGGUGGUGGUCGCCUGUGGAACCGCCAAUCGAAGGCAAUGUUGUGAGUCACCAGGCUGGCUCGAGCACUGCGUCGGUUCGACUGGACAUUGGCGAUGUCAUUGAAUGCGAGGUUGCCCACUUGUUCUUUGAAAAUCCCAUCGUGCCUGCCGCCCGCCGUUCCAAGCAAGGCACGGCCAGUGCUGUGGCCUCCGUUAUUUCAGCUGGCGGAGCAGCAGCAGCAGGUUCUGGCGAACGCGAAGACGACGAUGCCGCCGAAGAAGAGGCUCUCGUGGAUGGUGGCUAUGGCGAAUUCAUCGAAGAGCGGAUUGCCGCUGGUCGACUCACGAUUCACGGGAUUGAGCUGCUCUUGACGACAGGUCGCAACCACCAAGUUGAGCACGAGGCAGCCGACGGCCACAUCCUUGACAACGAAGACCAUCACUUUGACUGCGACGACGAGGUGGCUGUUCUCCUUCAGGACCAGGAAACCAGCGACGGCUUCCGCUACGCCAGCCGUGCUGAUCGACCGCUUCUUCCGACGCUGUUCGGCCUCACCCGGCUCGAUUUCCGCCGCCAUUACGACCACCAACCACUGCCUGCUUUCACUCAACAAUCCUUGCCCGACCACGACCCAGAAGAACUCGCGCUCCCGCGCAGAGGCCGCCCGUCCCGCGCCGUGGUCGAGGCUCGUCGGAUGGAGUCGCUGAAAUCCGCGGCCUCUGCGCUGACCAGCUCCAUGACUGCCUCAAAGCAAGGCGGCGGCGCGAAUGCUGCAAAGUCGUCGACCUCCGAAAAGCGUCAGGCCGAAGGCGACGGCGCCGGAAACGAGGAACGCUCAACGAAGCGAGCGCGAUUUGACCGCAAUGGCGAAGACGACGAAGAUGAGGAGGAAGACGACGACGAAGAAGAAGAGGACGAAGAACAAGAAGAAGAGCAAGAUGAAGAAGCGGAAGAGGACGAAGAACAAGAAGAAGAAGAAGAGCAAGAAGCAGACGAGCAAAACCAAGGCCCGUCUUCCGGCAGCGACAUGGAUGACGAUCAGCUCGGUGGAUCCACCGCCAAGGACUCGGGACAAGCCAGUGACCAAAGCGGCGACGAUGCAAAUGGCUAUGAGCAAUCCGGUUCGCGACGUGACUCGAGCACCUCGGACAGAGGAACUCAAGACAACAACGGAAUGCAGGUCACCUUCCACUCGCUCAACGACUCGGGCGACAAUGUCCGUUCCACAAUGAACGACCGAACGCGACAAUUAGGCGCCAUGCAGCGUUGCCGGCGCUUGUUUGGCAUCAACCGCACUCAUCUGUGGUGCGCCCAGUGCCGGUGGAAGAAGGCGUGCGGUCGACUCACGCAAGGCUUUUCGGAAUCUCCUGAAUCUGCCCAGUAUCUUUUGACGCAAGGCAUCGAGCCGCUGAUGACCGAGAUACCCUCCAUCAACGCGCCAUUGCACGAGACGGACGACUUGCUCGCGCGGUCGUUUGGUCGCAAUCACAACUACACGACCGGCAAGCGCGACGAGGGCUUUCCCGACGACGAGAAGCCGCUGGGCGUGCUUGAGAUCUACCUCAAGCCCAUGUUCAACGUCGUAUUGUUGCCUGUGUCGGAUGCUGCUGAUUUGCGUGUUCGAGCUCGUGUUCGAGCAUUGAUGGUGUCGGAUGCUGCUGACGAUCAUUCAUUUGCUCAGUACCUCAACGUGCCUUACAACGCUGCGGAAGGUGGCUGGAUUGCCGUCGGAUUGGUCGUUCUCUGCGCGGUCAUGGCCAACUACACUGGCAAGGCCCUUAUCAAGUGUCUGUAUGCGAGCCCUGGUCAACGUCGAUUGGAGUCUUAUGCGGAUAUCGGCGAUGCUGCUUUUGGCAAGGCGGGACGGUUUGCUGCCAACCUGUUCCAAAAGGUCACUCUGAUGGGCAUCGGUGUGAUCUUUCUCAUUCUCUGCGGCAUCUUUUUGAGCUCGGCAUUGCCUCCGCUUGACAGCCACGACUCGGACUACUGGCAAACGCGUUGGAUUUGGAUUUGUGCAUGCAUCGUCCUCGUUCCCAUCUUGGUGCUCAAGACGCUGCGCGAAGUGGCCUUGCUCAGCAUGCUCGGCAUGUCUGCGACUUUCAUCACCGUCAUCUCUGUUGUCGUUCUCUCGCUUGUUGACUACUACAACCCCGACGUGCGUGGCGACGUGGGAAACGCCACUCUCUUUGGCGAGCACACCUUUUUCAACUCGAGCGGGUUUGCGGCCGCUUUUGGAUCCAUUACACUGGCGUUCGGCGGCGCCUCUGUGUGCCCCACCAUCGAAGGUCACAUGCCGCAGCCCGAGCAGUUCCCCGUUGUUUACAACUGGGCCUUCAUUGCGCUCAUGAUCAUGUACUUGCCCACCGUCGUUUCCGGAUACUUUGUCUAUGGCAACCUCGCCCAAGCUCCAAUUCUCCAGUCGCUUCCUUCAUCCGGCGCUGCUGGUCAAAUGGUCACGGCCGUGCAACUCAUCAUCACCGUCCACCUGUUGUGCGCCUACCCGAUCGUGAUUAAUGUCGUGUCCGAGGAGGUUGAACGAAAUUACAAGAUCGACAACAAGCAUCGAACACCUGUCAUGGCCAUCAUUCUGCGAUCGAUCGUUCGCAUCGCUUUGGUCAUGACAACAGCGACCAUUGCGUACUUUGUCCCUCACAUUGCCCAAGUCCAAGAUGUGCUGGGCGCCAUCUCGCUUGUGUUUAUGGUCUACAUUCUACCGACUGCCUUCAACAUGAAGUUGCGGUACGCCGAGCUUGGCAAGAUCGAGCUUGGAUACAAUGUCUUCAUCUUGAUACUCGGUUUGGCGGGUGGUGGCUUUGGCGCUUAUCAAAGCAUCAACUCUCUGAUUGACGCCUUCAAAUAA